AAUUGACGUUGGCACAAUUGUUGCAUCCUAUAAUUUUGCUGUAUGACUAGCCCAAGUAUUUUAAAUGUAGUCACAAGUCUGCCACCUGCAGAUCACAUUUUAUUUUAUUUAUUUUUUUCUUUUUGGGUCCUAAGUUAGAGUUUCCCGUAAGUUUAUCUACCUUUCCAAUACAAAUCACGGUUUUAGACACCCAACUCACAGUUCCCUUCUCUAUAAAUUACUUAAGUUUCUCUUCAGUGUCCAUUUCCUUUUGAUGAUAAUCUAAAAACAAGAAAAGAAAAUUAACCCUAAAGCAUUAACAAACAUGCCAGUAAACAUAACUUCCAUUAAAACAUCAUCAAAUGGAGUCUGGCAAGGAGAUAAUCCCCUGCACUUUGCCUUCCCAUUAUUGAUUGUUCAAACUACCUUAAUCCUAGUCGUCAGCCGCUUCUUUGCCUUCCUUUUCAAGCCUCUCCGCCAACCCAAAGUCAUUGCCGAGAUAGUAGGUGGGAUCUUACUGGGGCCAUCAGCUUUCGGAAGAAACAAACAGUACAUGCAAUGGAUUUUCCCGAAAUGGAGCAUUCUUAUACUGGAAUCCGUAGCAAGUAUUGGCCUUCUCUUUUUUCUUUUCCUCGUUGGUCUCGAACUCGAUUUAUCCUCCAUUCGACGAAGUGGUAAGCGUGCCUUUGGCAUAGCUUUCGCAGGGAUCUCUCUACCAUUCAUCUGUGGCAUAGGUGUAGCCUUUGUCCUUCGAAGAACAGUUAAAGGAGAAGACGAAGUUGGCUACGGGCCAUUCUUAGUUUUCAUGGGGGUAGCCCUUUCCAUCACAGCAUUCCCUGUCUUAGCUCGCAUCCUAGCAGAGCUUAAACUGCUAACAACUCAAGUAGGUGAAACUGCCUUAGCAGCAGCUGCAUUUAACGACGUCACUGCAUGGAUCUUGCUUGCUCUGGCAGUUGCUUUAGCCGGAAAGGAAGCCGAUGGCCAGCAUAAGAGUCCAUUAAUAUCACUCUGGGUACUUCUCUCUGGUGUUGCCUUCGUUGUUUUUAUGUUACUUGUGAUCGGACCCGCCAUGAAAUGGGUUGCCAGCAGAUGCUCCCCACAGCAUGGUGUGGUCAAUGAAGCUUAUAUGUGCUUAACCUUAGCAGGAGUAAUGGUAUCAGGUUUCAUGACUGAUCUUAUAGGAAUCCAUUCAAUUUUUGGAGCAUUUAUUUUCGGAUUAACGAUCCCAAAAGGCGGAGAGUUUGCAGAGAGAUUGAUAGAAAGGAUAGAAGAUUUCGUGUCAGGUUUGCUUCUUCCACUUUACUUUGCCUCUAGUGGACUGAAGACUAAUGUUGCAGCCAUUCACGGCGGGAGGGCUUGGGGGCUUCUUGCUCUGGUUAUAGCAACGGCAUGUGCUGGAAAGAUUGUAGGGACGUUUGUGGUGGCGAUGAUGUUUAUGAUUCCUGCAAGGGAAUCGUUGACGCUGGGUAUCUUGAUGAAUACCAAAGGACUGGUAGAACUUAUUGUUCUCAACAUUGGCAAAGAAAAGAAGGUUCUAAAUGACGAGGCAUUUGCUAUUCUAGUUGUAAUGGCACUUUUCACCACCUUCAUCACAACUCCAACAGUUAUGGCUAUCUACAAACCAGCUGGUGGGGAUGGCAACAUCUCCACUCGCACUCACCGGAAGCUCCGUGACUUCUCCGCCACCAAUGAAUCCAGCGACGAGCUACGUAUUCUUGCAUGUCUUUAUGGACCACGAAAUGUACCUUCACUUAUCACUCUUAUUGAAUCCAUUCGAAGUACCAAAACUUCCCAACUCAAGCUCUUUAUAAUGCACCUUGUUGAGCUGACCGAGCGAUCCUCCUCAAUCAUCAUGGUUCAACGCCUACGUAAAAAUGGAUUGCCAUUCAUUAAUCGUCUCCGCCGUGGUGAUGAGGGUUGUGAUCAGGUUACAGGAGCAUUCCAAGCCUAUAGACAAUUGGGACAUGUUUCAGUUCGACCCACGACAGCAAUUUCAUCUUUGUCAACUAUGCAUGAGGAUAUUUGUCACGUAGCUGAGACUAAGAGGGUGGCCAUGAUCAUUCUCCCGUUUCAUAAACAAUGGAGAGGAGAACAAGGUGAUGAUCAGUCAAUGGAUAAUGUAGGCCAUGGAUGGAGAUUAGUUAAUCAGAGGGUGCUAAAGAAAUCUCCAUGCUCGGUGGCAAUUUUUGUGGACCGUGGAUUUGGAAAUGGUGCUCAAACUCCAGGGCAUGACAGUGCUGUUGCACAAAGGGUAUGUGUGAUGUUCUUUGGUGGACCUGAUGAUCGUGAAGCCUUGGAAUUGGGUGGCAGAAUGGCUGAACAUCCGGCGAUUAAAGUUACGGUUGUGAGGUUUCUGAAAAGAGAAGGGAUGCAGAGUAAACCUGUUUUAUUACAACUCUCUUCUCCAUCCAAGAGUAGUGAACUGCAGAGGUAUAGCUUCUCCACUGCUGCAAUGAACCCAGAGAAGGAAAAGGAACUGGAUGACACUGCAUUAACAGAAUUCCGAAGCAAGUGGGGCGGAAUGGUAGAUUACAUAGAGAAGGUAGAUAGCAACAUUGUAGAAGGAGUGUUAGCAAUAGGGAGAAGCGGGGAUCAUGAUCUUAUUGUUGUUGGCAAAGGACGAUUUCCGUCGACUAUGGUUGCGGAACUGGCGGACCACCCAGCUGAGCAUGCCGAGUUGGGGCCUAUCGGAGAUGUGUUGGCAUCAUCAGGGAAGGGUGUUGUCUCUUCGGUGCUUGUAAUUCAACAACAUGAUUUAGCUCACGCGGAGGAAGCUCCAGCAAUAAAGAUUGUGCAUUCUCACCAUGACAAGUUGUCAGCAGAUGGGUCUUCAGGCUUGAGGGAGAUCUCGAAAGUUGUCUAACCAUCAAGUAAUUUAAGGUUGCUAAGUUGUAAUAUAUAUAGGUUGUAAUUUUGAAUUUCUGUUUUCCCAAAUCUUGGUCUUGUAAGUUUGGCCAAUUGAUCAGCAGAAGGGAAAUAUAAAUAAAAAGAGUUGCAAAUAUAUAAUUCUUUUUCA